AUGUGUCCUCAUAUCUCCCACCCGAAACAGACACACAGACACAUGCAUAUUACCUAUAACUGAGACCUAUUUAUCCAGAUGUGUUAUGCACAUGUGAACUGCAAGCUUGUGGAAACGCCACAGAACCCUGUGAAAACCUAGGGUCGCAGUCGCCACUGGCCGACAUCUGUCUUGGUCACCGAGGACGUCCAUGUGAUCCGCCACGUCGUCAUGUUGGCCCUGUCGCUGUUAUUUUUCAUCCUGUUUUCGAGGUCAAGGUCAUUUCUCCCCAACAGAUAUGGAGAACUGCAAGCAGCCAACAUUGAUCCGGCAUUUAUCGGGGAGACGGUGUUGUUUACAUGUGUCAUCACAGACGACAGUUUGCCUGUCAACUCCUCCGCUAUCUGGAUACGACGCUCGAACUCCAACACCUCUGUCGGUAGCGUUGUGAACCGGACGGCGACGUCGGCAACGAUAGAGGUGAAGGUGAAGUCUCUCUCUGACGCCGGCGUCUACUACUGCACCCUGACCAUCCCGGGCGAGCAUCUCGACGUCACUUUUGUUAUCGUUGCUGUAGAAUACCCCCUUGCCCCAGUCACGGACCUUAACUGCACGGUGCUCCCGGGGAGUACCAAACUGGAGUGUGAAUACACCCUGCCCCGCCCCUACAUGUACCCUGAUGCCAUCGUUGGAUGUGUGUUCUACCACCCAAGUAAUUACACAGAGUUACAAACCAUUUGCUACAAUGGCACCGACAGAAACUUUUCUUUGUCAGAGGGACACGAUCUGUUUUUGUACUACAUUUUUGCAAUUCGGCUACAGUACAACGGAAGAAAAGUGUCCAAGAUGUCGAAGAAUUUUUCUGUUGUUCCCAUGGAAGUGGUCAUCCCACCGCCAGUCGAAAAUGUUAACGUCAAGGAAAGGAGGGCCACACGUCUCCAGUUGUCGUGGAAAGAACUCGAUGCUCACAUUGCAUACAUAUACCGGGUCACGUACGCUGCUGUGUGGCGAAACGAGAAACAGAUUUCCACAGUGCAGACAAACUCAACCACUAUCCUCUUGCGGGAACUAACACCAUUCACCAACUACUCGGUCUUAGUUCAAGGCCGAGAACUUAAACUGCUGGCAGGAUACUGGAGCCAGGGAGACCCGGUCACUGUCAGGACGCUGGACGAUGUUCCAGGGAGCUCACCACGGGUGUCACCUGCCGUGUCUAGAACUGAUGGAGGGAGUGUUGUCGUGUACUGGCAGCCUCUGUCGCCUAAGGAGGAGAAUGGGGAGAUGCAAGGCUACCACGUGCAGUGUGGAGAUGAGGGGGAGAGACGUGUUGGUCCCGGGGGGUUCUCUGAGACGUUGGACACCCCCACUGAACGGCGUGGACUGUGGUGUGACGUGUACGCGGUCAACAGCGUCGGAAAGUCGCCCUCGUCAUCUCUGUAUAUACCAUCACGGAGGUCAGAGCUGACCUCCCGGGACUUCUGGGUGGUGGGUGGGGAGGGGGACACCAACAUCACCUUCCUCUGGGACUCUGUGGGUCGGGAACAACACAACUGUGCAGCGUAUUGGUGUCAAGCAGCAGGCCAGGCCGACAUGUGCCAGACCCCUGUCCAGUGGGAGACCGUGACAUGUGACCAACAGAGUCUGACUCUCGAUACCGGUCACGUGAUAACUGACCAACGCCUUAUGGUUGGCUUCUCAGAACAGUUGUCUGCCCCUGGAGGUCUUAACUGGAGCCCUAUCAAGUGGCAGUAUUGCAUCUAUGCCCCACACAAAGUCCCUCCCGCCCCCGAUGAAUUCCAACUGUCCCCGAAUCAGCCCCCACUGGGUGUACAUGUGGUAUGGAGACCCCCCGACUGUCGACAGAAAACCGCCCACAUCACCAACUACAUCGUCUCCUAUUGUCUGGUACCUACGGCUGCAGGCAACUGCUCAGGCUCCAGUGGGACCAGAGUUGUGGACGGAGAUGCGGUCAGCUACCUCAUCAGCGACCUUGAACCUGGAGCUGAUUAUAAGGUCAACAUCCGGGCGGUGUCCCAGGUCCUCCAAGGUCCUUGGAGUACUCCUGUCAUAGGACGAGUCGAGGACGCAGCUAAUCCUCUGAAGAUAAUACUGGCUGUCACCGGUUGUUUUAUAUUCGUCCUCGUCACCUCUUCAUGUUUCAUCGUCGUUAAGAGGGCAAGAUCUUCAUGGACGAAAGGACAUAGGUUUUCGUACCCGCCGUUUGCACCUGAUGAAGCACGGGUACUUCUGAAUGACCACGGCCCAUGUUCCAGAGUAGACCCCGGUCAAGUGGUAGUGGAGGUCACUGAGGACGGAGUACCUGUUCGUGUGGUAGAGGAGGUCACUGAGGACGGAAGACCUGUUCAUGUGGUACAGGAGGUCACUGAGGACGGAAGACCUGUCCAUGUGGUACAGGAGGUCACUGAGGACGGAGGACCAGUUCAUGUGGUAAAGGAGGUCACUGAGGACGGAGGAGAUCAUCUGGUAGGGAAGGUCAUUGAUGGUGACGGAGGAUCAGGACAUGUGCCAGAGGAGGUCAUUGAGGACAACAGAGGACCAGGUCGUGUGAUAGGGGAGGUCACUGAGGACAACGGAGGACCAGGUCAUGUUAAAGGGGAGGUCAUUGAGGACAACGGAGGACCAGGUCAUGUGAUAGGGGAGGUCACUGAGGACAACGGAGGACCAGGUCAUGUUAAAGGGGAGGUCACAGAGGACAACGGAGGACCAGGUCAUGUCAAAGAGGAGGUCAUUGUGGACAACGGAGGAGCAGUUCAUGUUAAAGGGGAGGUCACUGAGGACAACGGAGGACCAGGUCAUGCUAUAGGGGAGGUCACUGAGGACAACGGAGGACCAGGUCAUGUCAAAGAGGAGGUCAUUGUGGACAACGGAGGAGCAGUUCAUGUUAAAGGGGAGGUCACUGAGGACAACGGAGGACCAGGUCAUGCUAUAGGGGAGGUCACUGAGGACAACGGAGGACCAGGUCAUGUCAAAGAGGAGGUCAUUGUGGACAACGGAGGAGCAGUUCAUUUGGUAGGGGAGGUAAGAGAUGGUGGGAAAGGCACUGUUGGAGAGUCAGAACCCCAGACUCCAAAUGGCACAAGUAUGCAUCUUCAAAAUGACUAUGUAUCAGCUACAAAUAUUGAGUAUGUCUUUGCCAUGAGCCAGACUGAUUCCAACAAAUCAUCAGCACAUAGCAACCAGUCCUACUCCAUGUUGACACUCAGGGAGGAGGCAGGAUGUUAAAGAUGGCGGAUCUGGGGAAAGACUGUGAUGAUGAAGUGUCCGGGUAUAACAACAAUGAUGUCGGUACUCCGACUUAGGCAGUGCAUGUUAUGUUGGUGACAUCACAAAGAAUCCAGUAACACCAGUGCAUUGGCCUGGUGACUGUGACCACCCUUGGGCCAGACAAGGGUAGAUAACUCUACAGAUGCAUGCUAUCAGGAAACCACUCAGGACCGGAAUGUCAUAUCAGUUCUACAGUCCACCUCCAAAAUGGCUUAAAACAUCACAAUAGACUAAUUAUGCUAGAAUAAGAAGCCUUAAAUAUAUACAUACACUAACUUUCGUUUUUCUAAUCCUAUAUAUCAGGGGGCACGGGUGGCCCAGUCGUCUAAGGCUCCGCGAUUCGCUGUGCAGAGUUGCGUCCCUUGGACACGCCAGAAACUUAUGAUUGUGGGUUCGAAUCACGGUUCGCCCCAAUU